GAAUGCGGCUACCGUUGGAUUCUCUCUUGCGCCACUUGUGAACGUGAGGCUGAUACCCGGACACGCCGUAGCCGCCAAACCGACGGGCUCAAACUCAGCCGCUCACGUCCACCCGUGCGCCGCCGAAUGCCGAACACAAAACCCCACCCACCCCACGCACGCACCGCGCCGGCGUCGGCGUCGGCAUCCGCAUGAAGAGCUCGGCGGACAACGUGGACAUCGAGCUGGUCAAGGCGGUGGCGCAGGCGUGGUACGCGCACUCGGGCAACCCGCGGCCGUCCCGCGCGCCGGCGGACGACGACGAUGGCGCCGGUCUGGGCGCGCGCCGCGUGGGCGCCCCGCGCUACAGGCCGUCGCGGUUCAAGCUGGAGGCCGCGGCGGCGGCGGCGGCGGCGGCCAAGCCGCCGAACAGCAGGCCGUGGGACUUCACGCAGUCGCUGUGGGACACCUACGAGCUGGUGACCGUGGCGCAGAAGAUCGAGUCCAGCCUCGCCAUCGUGGACGAGGCCACGGCCAGGCCACCAAGGCGUGCCUUCACCAACGAAGACGCCACGCGCGGCGGAGGAGGGAAGCGGGCGAGGGAGAGCAGGCGUAGCCUCAGGAGCCUGUUCCGCCGGUCCUCGUCCAGGAGGUUCGAGGAUUCAAGCAGCUAGCUAGCUAGCUAGUGUUCUCCUCUCUACCUUCCUGUUUCUCUCUCUAGUCCUUCCUUGCCUGAAAAACUUGGCAGCGUCUAUGCAACUUAGUACAGAGCUAUCUGUAUUGUCAACCA